AUGUCUACUAGAGAUGAACUUGAAGCUAUUAAUAAAAAUAUAUCUGAUGCUAUUAUGAUAUUGAAACUUAUUGAUUUUGAUUGUUACAGUAAUAAUGAAGAUAACUGUAAUACCAUAUAG